UACUGCACCAGACUCGAACAAACAACCAAACAAAUCACAGAAGAUUGAUUCCAUGGCAUCUUCCAAAUUCUCACAUCUCUACUCUACUUCUGCAGUCAAAUACUUCCCUUUUUCUCUAUAUUUUUAAUUUCCUGAAAUUAAUGUGGCUCAGCUUUCUUCACCACAACGACAAAUACUGUUGCUUGUCAGACAUCUGUAUUUAUUCAGACAAGAGAACCCUCGAGAGACGGGUAUCGUCGUACAAAGCUGCUGCUGCUGCUGUUGGUUCGGAAUUGCAGUGCAAAAUACACAGCACAGCACACCUUGAGGGUUUGCCAUGGCCGGGAGUGGAGUUUUCGCUGAGAUAAUCGAUGGGGAUGUGUUCAAGUACUACGCUGAUGGAGAAUGGAAGAAGUCCUCUUCUGGUAAGGCCGUUAACAUCGUCAAUCCUACGACGAGGAAGACUCAGUACAAGGUUCAAGCUUGUACUCAAGAAGAGGUUAACAAAGCCAUGGAAAUAGCUAAAGCCGCACAGAAAUUAUGGGCGAAAACUCCACUGUGGAAGCGUGCAGAACUUCUUCACAAAGCUGCCGCCAUUCUUAAAGAGCACAAAGCUCCAAUAGCCGAGGCUUUAGUGAAGGAAAUCGCCAAACCGGCUAAAGAUUCCGUCACCGAGGUUGUUAGGUCGGGCGAUCUGGUUUCUUAUUGCGCCGAAGAAGGGGUUCGAAUUUUGGGGGAAGGCAAGUUCCUUUUGUCGGAUAGUUUUCCGGGGAAUGAAAGAACAAAGUAUUGUCUCACUUCCAAGAUUCCGUUGGGCGUUGUUCUAGCCAUUCCUCCUUUUAACUAUCCCGUCAAUCUUGCUGUCUCCAAAAUCGCCCCGGCUCUCAUCGCUGGAAACUCUCUCGUCCUCAAGCCUCCGACUCAGGGUGCUGUUUCUUGUCUUCAUAUGGUACACUGCUUUCACUUGGCCGGUUUCCCAAAAGGACUCAUCAGCUGCAUCACCGGAAAAGGAUCCGAGAUCGGCGAUUUUCUUACGAUGCAUCCCGGAGUGAAUUGCAUAAGUUUCACAGGUGGCGACACCGGGAUCGCAAUUUCGAAGAAAGCCGGGAUGAUUCCUCUGCAAAUGGAGCUCGGAGGAAAGGACGCGUGCAUCGUGCUCGAGGACGCCGAUCUGGAUCUCGUAGCGGCGAACAUCAUCAAAGGAGGAUUCUCUUACAGCGGCCAGAGGUGCACGGCGGUGAAGGUGGUCCUCGUCAUGGAAUCGGUGGCUGAUGCGCUCGUCGAGAAAGUGAAGUCGAAAGUCGCUAAAUUGACGGUGGGCCCGCCGGAGGACGACUGCGACAUAACUCCGGUGGUCUCCGAAUCGUCGGCGAACUUCAUCGAGGGUCUGGUGACGGAUGCAAAAGAAAAAGGUGCUACGUUUUGCCAAGAGUAUAAAAGGGACGGGAAUCUCAUCUGGCCGUUGCUGCUCGACAACGUCCGACCCGACAUGAGAAUCGCGUGGGAAGAACCGUUCGGGCCCGUCCUCCCGGUGAUUCGAAUCGGGUCUGUCGAGGAAGGCAUUCAUCACUGCAACGCGAGCAACUUCGGGCUACAGGGCUGCGUCUUCACGAAAGACGUGAAUAAGGCGAUUCUGAUCAGCGACGCGAUGGAGACGGGGACGGUUCAGAUCAACUCGGCCCCAGCUCGCGGCCCCGAUCAUUUUCCUUUUCAGGGUAUAAAGGACAGCGGAAUCGGGUCGCAAGGUAUUACGAAUAGUAUUAAUAUGAUGACGAAGGUUAAAAGCACCGUGAUCAACCUGCCGACCCCGACGUAUAACAUGGGCUGAGAAGAGAAGAUUUAUAUGUAUGGAGAGGCUUGUUGAAAGAGGUCUUUUUAGCAUGAAUAAAAUGUUUGGAUUUAUAUAUAUAUUUAUUUUAUGUAUUUAUUUAUGUAUGUAUGUAUUUGGGCUUUCAUGUAGUAACUGAUUAAUGGAUUUUUGGAUA